CGGGCGGGCGGCGAGCAGCGAGCCGCCGGCUCGGCGGGCCCGGGCAGCGGGCGCUCCGCCCUCGGUGCGCGGGGCCUCCCCUCUCCGCGCCCGCGGAGCGCGGCGCCCGCCUAUAUCUACGGCCGCGGCGGCCCGGCGCCCGCAAGGAUGUGAGGCGGGCGGGCAGCCCAGCCGCCGCCGCCGUGGCAUGCCCCCCCGCGCCCGGAGCCGUCGGCGCGGCGCCUAGCCGCGGCUCCGCGGGGCCAUGCUGCCCUGGAAGCGGAGCAAGGUGGAGCUGGCGGCGGGCGAGGCGCGGCGGCAGAGCAAGCCCAAGGGGUACGCGGUGAGCGUGCACUACUCGGCCCUCACCUCGCUGGCCCGCGCCUGCCCCGAGAGCGCCCUGCACCGCGUGGGCAGCAUGUUCCGCUCCAAGCGGCGGAAAUUUCGCGUUACCAGCGAAGACCCCACGUACACUGUGCUCUACCUGGGCAACGCCACCACUAUCCAGUCCAAAGGUGAGGGCUGCACCGACUUGGCCGUCUGCAAGAUUUGGAGCAAGAGCGAGGCGGGCCGGCAGGGCACCAAGAUGAAGCUGACCAUCAGCGCGCAGGGCAUCCGCAUGGCCCACGCCGAAGACAAGGGGCUGCGCCGGCCCGGCCACCUCUACCUGCUGCACCGGGUCACCUACUGCGUGGCCGACCCGCGCCUGCCCCGUGUUUUCGCCUGGAUCUACCGCCACGAGCUGAAGCACAAGGCGGUGAUGCUGCGCUGCCACGCCGUGCUGGUCUCCAAGCCCGAGAAGGCGAAGGCCAUGGCCCUGUUGCUCUACCAGACUUCGGCCACGGCACUGGCCGAGUUCCGCCGGCUGAAGAAGCGGGACGACGCGCGGCACCAGCAGCAGCAGCUGGUGGGCGAGCAGAGCAUCCCGCUGGUGCCGCUGCGCAAGCUGCUCAACGGGCAGUGCUGCUACAAGCCGCCGGUAGAGCGGAGCCGCAGCGCGCCCAAGCUGGGCUCCAUCACGGAGGACCUACUGGGCGAGGAGCAGGAAGAGCGGGCCAUGCACUGCGACUGCGAAGACAUCCUGGAAGCGCUGGGCGAGCCCGAGGGCGAGCUGCUGCGCCCCAGCCCCGGCCGCGGCGAGAGCCCAGAGCUGGGCCAGCUCCUCCGCGACCUGGGCGAGCUCAGCCUGGGCAACGAUCUGCGCUCGCUGCGCGCCGACCUGCGCGUCCGCCGCCUGCUUUCUGGGGAAAGCACGGGCAGCGAGUCCUCCCUGGAGAGCGGCGGCACGGACGGGGCCGCCCCGCCCGGCAGCGACGCCGAGCAGCCGCCCCCCGGCGACCCCGAGACCGGCUGAGCACUGGAGCCCGUACGGGCGUGCGCGGUGCUGCCGGGGCGCACCGGGUUCCCUCCGGGAAUGCACGGCCCCGCAGGGGCGCACCGAGUUCCUUCUGACCCCUCCGGGAGUUCCCGGUCCCUGCCGGGAGUGCACGGCCCCAGCGGGGCGCCCCGGGUUCCCUCCGGGAGUGCACGGUCCCUUCCGGCCGUGAGCGGCGCCGCAGGGGCGCACCGGGUUCCCUCCGGGAAUGAGCGGCCCCACCGGGGCGCACCGGGUUCC